UCCUGCCGGAUGAACGCUGUCAGCAUCGGGGAGUUCCACGGCCUGCGGGUGGGCUCCGCCCUGGUCAGCAUCGUGGCGGGGUGCAUCAUUAUUGGGGUGUCCCGAGACUGCGACGCCGACGCCGUGGGGGGCAUCUUCCUCGGAGCUGGUGGGCUGGGUCUCAUGAUCUCAGUCUACCCCUUCAUAAGAGCCUGGCUCAACUUCCACCACAUCCUGCCUACUCUAGGGAACCUGCGCAUCCACCCCACUCAGGCGAACCCCACCGCGGAGCUCUCCGCUGAGGCCCUGAGGCGGGAAGCCACACAGAGCCAGCUGAAUCUUGAGCGCACCAAGAGCAGGAUGGGGACCCUCCAGGACAGGCCAGCGGCCGAGGCCUCUGUGGAUGAGGGGCCUUCCGACGUCCCUGAUAUCAUUGCUCGUCGGAAGCCCAAACAGUCCUCGGAUAUCGACGUCCCAUGAUCCUCUCUUCUCCCCGGGCCACGUCUGAAAUGGCCACCUGAAGCAUCCCCUCUUGGAAUAGAAUUUGACCAUACAGAUCCCAAGAGGUUCCUUUAUAUCCUUUCAGAACCAUGUCGCUUAGAUAAAUCAUUACAGGUGGAAAAAAAUGAAUUUGUCAUCAAGUGUAAGAGUCUUAUUAUGGACAAAGGACAGCAGAGUAUACCCAUUCUCUUUUUUAGAGAUAAUUGAGUUUUUUUUUUUUUUUUUACUUCCUUUUGGGAUCAGCACUCAUUGUGGAAGUACAUUUGUUGAAGUGCAAAAUCUUUUUAGCGUAUACCCAAGAUGUAUUUGGUGUAAGAUUCUGUAGUUUAAGUUAAUAUUUAAAAAUAAGUUGACCAUCUGAAAAUAAUGUUGGCAAUGUGCCUACACACAAACACCCACACUUUUUGUCUAGGGCUUGCUUUGUUUUCCAUUAAAAUCAUAUUAAAGUUCGGAGGCACACACAUUAAUCCAGAGAA